AUGGCGCCUCCUUACCCAGACGAUAGCCGACCAUAUUCGGGACCGUCUCGGCGGGUAUACCCUCCCAGAGACGACCGGGAUGGCCGCAUGUACGAUGAUCGCUCUCGCUCACGCUCGCCUGGCGGCCCUUCUCACUCGCCUCCCACGCGACCAGCAGCAGAUCGCAGGCACGAAUACUCUCGGGAGAGAGAUGCUGGACAGCAGUAUGAAGACUGGGAUCGGGAUGACUAUCGUCAUCGAUCGCCUCCGCGACGAGGAAGACAAGGAUAUCGCGAUCGCGAUCUCGAAGGAUAUAAAUCGCCAGACUACAGCCGCAGUCGUAGUCCACGUCGAGGGCAGUCUGGAUUCGGCCCAGAGAGUCGCGAGAUCAUGCUGGAAGGCUUUCCCGUGGAUAUGACCGAGGACGAUAUCAGGGACGAGCUUCAGAACGCAUACCAGGUUCAUGGCUUGGAGGAAAUUCGAGUGAUUCGAGAUCGACAAACGAAGGUGUCGCGACAGCUGGGAUUCCUCCGAUUUCACUCUGUCAACGAGUCCAGAACCUUCCUAGAGCGGAAUCACCCUUUCAUUUAUUUGUACGGACCGUCCGCGGGAGAUAACGACCGAAGCACGAAAGUCCGGAUAGCAUACAGCCGCGAGAGAGAAGAUCGGGCUCGACCAAAAACAGAAGGCGACUGGACGUGUCGUAUGUGUGCUGUCGUCAACUUCGCGACCCGGCCAAAGUGUUUCCGCUGUAACGCCCCUCGUCCAGCUUCAGAAAUCAUGCCCGUUGGCCCGCCCGGCGUUCCCGCGCCGAAGGUCGUGAACAAUGGUGACAACGACGCUGCCCCCGAGAACCAACCAUCCCAAUUUCUUCUGUUCCGAGGUCUGGAGUCCUCGGUAACUGAGGAACUCUUGGCCAAAGGUGUUGCGAAGCUCUACCGGCCUACUGGGGGAAGCAAAGAUGGUCCUUCAUCCAGCAAUCAGAAGAAAGGUGCCAAAGUCGCGUCGACGACUGGAGAUGCCAACCUUGGAGCUCGAGAAGGCUCUAUCCGUCGCGUACUGCUCGUUCGUGACCGGAGAACGAAUGAAAGCUGGCGCUUUGGGUUCGCUGAAUUCGCCAACGUAUUGGAUGCGCAAGCCGCAAUGACACGCUUGAACUCGUUCGAAAAAUUUACCAUUUCAUCCAGGCCUGUCAUGGUUAGCUACAUCCACGCAGGUGUCUUCGUACCAGUUAUGGAUCCAAACCCCAGCACGGCCCACUUCACAUUCAGCCCACUGUCGAAUCCGUCUGUCAAACUCAUGUACUGGGAUGACGAAGGGUAUGCCACUGAGCUGAUGCUUACAUCGAGCGAAGAUGAUGUUGGCCAAGAUGAACCUAAGAGCACCAAGCCUUCUGGACAGCGAGAACCAAAUGAAUCCAAGGGCACAAAAGAUGCCGAAAAGGCUAAGAAAAGGAAGGCCGAUACUGCAGCAAGCGCGAGUGCAAAGAAGCUUGCCGUGCCGUCCCACCUACAAUUUUGGAGUAACCGCCAUGCCGAGCUUCACGGCAUCGCGAAAGAUGGUGAAGAAAACGCCGCGGACGCUGAAUCAGAGAAGGGUGGAUUGCCCACAGACCUAGGCGCACCACCUGCUCAAUCCUAUGCCGAUCUCAACCGAAAUUGCUGCUAUCUCUGUAUGCGGUUAUUCAAGAGUUCCGCCAAUGUCAACAUUCACGAAAGACUUAGCCAGCUCCACCGAGACAACCUACAGAAUGAGGAGGCGAAAGCACGAGGCAUGGCCAAGCUGGUCAAGCAUGGGAUCAUUCAGCAAUCUUCAUCCGAAUAUCGCGACCGUGCUAGGGAGCGUCGCCAGGCAUUUGGUCAUACGAAGACUGGGGCUCGACAAAAGCCCGCAGCACCCAAGGAAGAGGAUGCGCCGCCAGUUCAAACAACCUCGAAGGGUGCGUCACUGUUGAGCAAGAUGGGCUGGUCUGAAGGCUCUGGUCUAGGGGCGCAGGGUACUGGCGUGACUGCUCCAAUUGCCACAGAAGUCUAUGCGCAGGGCGUAGGCUUGGGUGCACAAGGAGGCAAGCUUGGUGAUGCCGUGGAAGAGGCUGGCCGAAACACCAGAGGACGAUACGAUGAAUUCUUGGAGAAGACCAAGGAGACAGCCCGCCAGCGCUACGAUCAGAUAAAUCAGUGA